AUGGGUGGCAAAAAUGGGUACUUCCGAUUUGGAGCACGUGUGGUAAGAGGGCGAUGGUUCAUGCUUUUUGGUGCCAUGCUGAUCAUGUGUGGCUCUGGGCAAACCUACAUCUAUUCAACUUACUCUAAAGCCAUCCAAACAACUCUUGGGUACGACGAGGAGGAGAUGAAUAUGAUCACUUUCUGCAGAGAUGUUGCUGCCUACGUCGCCAUCUUCGGCGGCCUCAUUUGUGAGGUGGCUCCGUCGUGGGUUGUGUUGCUCAUCGGUGCAGUCUUGAACUUUGGAGGGUUUAUAAUGACAUGGUUAGCCGUCAUGCACAAAAUCCCAAGGCCACCAGCUUGGCAAACCGGCGUUUACGUUGCCUUCGGAACCGCUUCACCCAAUUUUUCCCACACAAUCGCCCUCGCCACCUGCGUCAAGAACUUCCCAGAAAGCCGAGGCGUUGUUCUGGGUCUGAUGAAAGGUCUGGUCGGGCUCAACGCAGCUAUCUUUACCCAAAUUUACUUGGGUUUCUACGCAAACGAUCCGAGAGGUCUUAUUCUCGUCACUGCUGUGUUCCCAACUAUAUUUUAUCUGGGAUUUAUGUUCACGAUCCGGACGAUCGAGGCAGACAGACAACCGAACGAGCUCAGAGUGUUCCUGAAUUUCUUUUAUCUAACAAUCGUGCUUGCACUGUUUCUCAUGAUCGUGACUUUGCUUGAUAAAUACAUUGUUGUUACCAGAAACGGGCAUGUAAUAGGUGCCGCUGUUGUGUUUAUCCUUCUCCUCCUUCCGCUCUAUCUUGUCAUUAAACAAGAGGCUGCCCUCUCCAAACUCGAAACACACGAUCAUUUGAAUUAUCCUACUCGUGAUGAGGUAUCCGCCAUUGAUAAGAAACCACAAGCAUCUGCUGCUCCUCAGCAAGAACACAACAAGCCCAGCAGUAGUGUUUCUUGUUUUGCAAAUAUCUUCAAAAAACCAGAAAGAGGAGAAGACCACUCCAUUCUACAAGCAGUGUUCAGCGUAGACAUGGUGUACAUCUUCUUCAUCACGCUGUGCGGAUACGGGACAGGCUUGACAGCAUACGAUCACUUCGGGCGUCUCGGCCAAGCACUGGCGAAAAGAGAACGGCUCGUGAGUUCCAUUGUUUCGCUUGUAAGCAUCUGGAACUACUACGGGAGAGUCUACUCUGGUUUCCUCUCCGAACUCUUGCUCCUCAAAUGGAAAGUUCCUCGGUCGAUCGUCUCGACUUUCAUGCUUGUCUUGCAAUCCAUCGGGCUGCUUCUCUUCGCCUACCCAGAAAUCCCCGGUGCAUACUAUGUGGCAUCGGUGACACUCGGAUUUUCACUCGGCGCGCAAGUACCGAUAUACUUGGCAAUAAUUUCCGAGUUCUUUGGUCUCAAGUACUACGCAACACUGCUCAAUUUUGCACAGUUGUACUGCCCACUUGCCUUGUAUCUGAUGAAUACGAAAUUCACAAGAGUUAUUUACGCAAAAGAGGCGAUGAAGGACGUUAUUGCUCAGGGCAAGGAUCCAGCAUUGGUGAAGGAUCCGGUUUGCGAGGGUAGCCAUUGUUUUAGGCUAUCAUUCUCCAUUUUAGCUCUCAUUUCAUUCAUUGGAGCUCUUAUCUCGCUUAAAUUCGCGAGUAGGACUCGAGAAUUUUACAAAGGAGACUUGUACAAGAAGUUUAGGAAUGAAAACCGUCGAGAUGGGGAAAUGUUAAUUAGGAGAUUCGGAGGUGAAAAAUAUAUGAAGUUUGGAGAGGCACAGGGGAAGGCAAUAUCGGAGACUCAGAUGGCUCAGCGCUGUAAUAAACGGUAG